GACCUUUGCCCUUCCCGCCGAGCAGCUGAUCUCUCAUCAUCCUGACUUGUUCUGCAAGUUGUCUCAAGGUUUGGCACCUCUUCGAAGGUUUUUGUAGGAACGGUUAUCUCCAGGCAGAGUACAGUGGAACAGAUCGAGAGAGCCACCAUGCUGAAGGCAAUCAUUUUGAUAGGCGGGCCACUGAAAGGGACUCGUUUCCGACCCCUGUCUCUGGACCUGCCCAAGCCACUGUUUCCAGUUGCUGGAUUCCCCAUCAUCCAGCAUCACAUUGAGGCAUGUCAGAAGGUGGAGGGGUUGAAGGAGAUCCUACUGAUUGGUUUCUACCAACCGAGCGAUGCUUUCAAAACCUUCUUGUCUCGUGCUCAGCAGGAGUUCCAUAUCUCUAUCAGGUACCUCCAGGAGUACACAUCACUAGGCACUGCCGGUGGGCUGUACCACUUCCGCGAUGUUAUCCAGAGUGGAAACCCGGAGUGCUUCUUUGUGAUGAAUGCUGACGUGUGCAGCGACUUUCCUCUGACAGAAAUGGUGGACUUCCACAGGCAGAGGUCCCAUGCCUGCUGUACCAUGAUGGGAACAGAGGCUAGCAGAGAACAAGCCUUGAAUUAUGGCUGUCUUGUGGAGAAUACAGACACACAUGAGGUGCUUCAUUAUGUGGAAAAGCCAGGCACUUUCGUCAGCUCUAUCAUCAACUGUGGUGUCUACCUGUUCUCACCUGAGGUAUUUAAGCACAUUGCUACCGUCUUUGCCAGGCACCAGGAGGAUCUUCCCAGUGAUGACAGCUUUGCCCUUGGCAGUAAGGACAGCAUCCGCCUGGAGCAGGACAUCUUCCCCAUGCUGACGGGGGACAGCAAGCUCUACGUGUACAAGACACAGAACUUCUGGAGCCAGAUCAAGUCUGCAGGCUCUGCCAUCUAUGCCAACCGGCUGUACCUGGCUCUGUACCACAAGACUCAUCCUGACAGACUGGCAGCUCAUGGAGAGGGCAUGCCAUCCAUCAAAGGUGAUGUGUACAUCCACCCCUCAGCUAAUGUGGACUCCACAGCUGUGCUGGGACCUAAUGUCACUGUGGGUGCGAAUGUAACCAUUGGCCCUGGUACAAGGAUACGGGAGUCCAUUAUUCUGGAUGGAGCGUCAAUCCAGGACCACAGCUGCAUCCUGCACAGCAUUGUGGGAUGGAACAGCACAGUGGGAGCCUGGACCCGGGUGGAAGGGACACCCUCUGACCCCAACCCCAACAUCCCCUUUGCAAAGCUGGACUCGGGAGAACUGUUCAGUGAAGAUGGCCGGCUGAACCCGUCCAUCACAAUUCUGGGACGUAAUGUGACCAUCCCAGCAGAAGUGAUUGUGUUGAACUCCAUCGUCCUGCCUCACAAAGACCUUCCUCACAGCUACAAGAACCAGAUCAUCCUGUAGGGCUCCUGCUACAGCCUGGACUUGACCUUACUACAGCCAUGUUUUUUUUAAAGUAACACUUGCCAGUAUGCAAAGAUUGGUGUUCUGGCACAUAAGUGAUGUGAUGAUAACAAAAAUCUGUUUUGACAUUAUAAGGUAUCAUCAUACUAUCAAACUUUGACUGCCAUAGCAGUAAUGCUAUCUACAUGUGUGCAUGGGUAGACUACAUGUUUAACAGUCUGCAUGUAGUAGUGAAUUCUCACACUUGGGGAGAGAUAUUCAGAUUUUACCCAAAAAAAAUUAAAGAAGAAGAAAAUUAUUUUUUAUCAAUUUUGUAUGGUAAAAAGUAUGUUAGAAGUGCCUGAAAUAACUAAUGGUUUACUGGUGUUGUAAUGUCUUCUUGAAGUAUAUCAAAAUGUUGAUUGGAGACAGUUAUUGUAAGGUUGCAAUAUGCAGAGUGCUAAAUAAAGUGCUUUAAUUCCUGUCAACAGCAGUAUUUAAAUGUACAUAAUUUCUAACCUAAGCAUUGCAGUAUGAAAUUUCAUGAUAUGCAAAAAAAUUUGUAACAUGUUAAGCUCUGCAGUCAUUUGAUAAUGGCUCUAUAUUAUAUUCAGUACAUGCAAAGAUUGUACACUAUGGCUUUCUUAUGUAUAAUAAAAAAACUGAUAUUGUAUCUGCAAUACAUGUAAUUACAGAAAGAUUAGGGAUGUUGACUUUUACCAAGAUGCUUUAGAUUACUAGUACAUUGCGCAUACAGGUAUCUUUUUGCAAGUAGUGAAGAAAACAGCUAUGAUCAUGCAUGAAAAUGUUAUGUAAAAUUAUAGAAAGUGGUGGUGACAAUAUGAAUAUGAUUGUAAUAAAAAUACUUUCACCUUUUUCA